GACCAGAGUGUUCGACUCAUUUCGGUUUUGCUGUGGCGUCUGGGACGGCGUCAGCCUUGAUCGGUCGCGGGCUGUUGUUGACCGGUUCUAAUCUGUUUAUCUUUGCCGCUUGUAUUUAUUGGUAAACAGUUAUGUAGAAAUACAUACAUAUGUAUGUGUGUGUAGACAAAACGCACAAACAAGAAGAACCAGAAUAUCGUAUAUCGAUAACACUCGCAUCGAUUGCCGCACGAUUGCAUUUUGUUGACUCACCCGCUCAUUAUUAGGAAAAAAAGCACAAAAAACAUACGCAAGCGCUUUAUAUGUAUCUUGCUCUCCUGCUCGCUUAUCAACCCCCCUUGGAUUUAGGAAACCGGUUUUAGUUUCGCUUUUUGUUUGUACCUGCGCAGUAGCCGAGGCAAGAAAAUGCGUCGCGGGAAAAUUUUCGGCAUGGCAAACAGAACACGCGAGUUGCAUGAACUUAUGGAAUAGCCAGUUUUAUUGCCCUCACGAGAAUAAAACAAUGGUUGAUGACGCGACCCGCGAAUAAAUAGUGAUUCCGGCCUCUUUAUUGUUAAAAGCUUUCCUUCAUUUUCAACCAUCUUGGCAGCCAUGAAAUCCAUGCUCUAUUCGGCAGGUUUGUUAGCUAAUUGAAAAGUUCUCUAUUUGAGCAAAGAGAGACUUAAAUCAAGUGAUUCUCUGUUUCUGGCUGCUCAUGUAUAUUAUUUAUUUAUCAGUUAACAGGCCAGGUAUUGUUUUUACUGCAUUCAUAUUGAAUUGUGCAACUGUUAGUCAUUAUUCGAUCGCGUUAUCUGGCCGUAGUUUCUUGAAUAGAAAUCAACCAGCACUUGAACACUUUACAUAAGAAACUAAACUGAACGUUAACCGGCUCGUAAAUUAUAAAUGAAUUUCUUAAUUACGCCGUAGUAUUAAGAAAACGUAUACACGACAAGAAUUCAGCAUCUACUACUGCAAAUUAAUGCCUUCCUUUAACUUUAAACUCAAUUAGAAGGUCAAAUUAGCUUAUAUUUUAAACUAUAAUCAAAAGAACUAAACUACAUUGCUCAAUACAAAAAAAAAGCAAUUUUAAUAAUACAAGCAGCUAACAUUUAAAUAAGAGCAAUGCGCGCGUCAAUUGGCGCCAUCUGGCGUUCAAAAAUAAAACAACCCUGUUUGAAUAUCGAUAAACGCAGUGUGGCACAGCAUGCCUAUCGAACGCACAAUCGGUAAUUAUUUAUUUUUGGCGGGAGGUGUGCACACUCGCUGUCCGGCCAGGGACUGAAGAAAUUAGUUUGAAAUAAAUUAAUUAAAACAACUAUGGAUCUUAACGAUGCCGUGCUAACGUGCGCGGUGAACAUACACUGGACGAACGCGGUGGGCAUAACCGGUCGCAAGCUGGCCUACAGGACGGCAACGCUGCGUCUGGUGCGCAACGAUUUGCGUGAAAUUUUCGUCGAGGUGACGCCCGAAAAGCUGAAGCCGCUCAAAUUCAAGCUAAAGGACAUAAUGGUGCACAAGAAAUUCAUGGCCGAGGGCAAGGCCACGUUCAACUUCAAGGCGGAGCAAUGCUCGCUCUACCUGUCCAAUGCACCGCCCGGCACCCUGAUGCUCUUCCUGCGCACCAUAUUCAUCAAAAUGAAUGGCGGCGGAGACGGCGCACUGGACGAUGCGGCCUUGCAAAAGAAGCUGCGCGAACAGAUGCUGGGCUCAAGGCCCAGCAGCUUUGAGGAGAUCUCACCGGUGACCACGGCCGAAAUGGUUUUGGCGCGCAAAAAGGCGGGCCUUAUAACGCGUGCCAGCACGACCACGCCCUCGCCGCAGGCAGCCAAAAAGCGACGCUUCGAGGAGCUCAAGGGUGCUGGCGGCGAGGCUGGCCAAAGCGUGCCCGCUGCCAAAAAGCUGUAUGCAGCAUCGCCACUGGCCGCCACGCAAACGGAGGACUCGCUGCGUUUGAACGAGGAGCAAAUGGAAGUGUUGCGCGCCUGCCUUGCCGGCAAGAAUGUCUUCUUCACGGGCUCCGCCGGCACGGGCAAGAGUUUUCUGUUGCGCAAGAUCAUCUCGGCGCUGCCGCCGGAAGGCACCGUGGCCACGGCAUCCACGGGCGUGGCCGCCUGCCUAAUUGGCGGCACGACCUUGCACGCAUUUGCCGGAAUUGGCGGCGGCGAUGCCACGGCUCAACGUUGUCUCGAGCUGGCAUCGCGUCCCGUUGCCGCGCAGACUUGGCGCAAAUGCAAGCGUCUAAUCAUAGACGAGAUCUCCAUGGUGGAUGGCCAGUAUUUUGAGAAAAUUGAGGCUGUGGCGCGUCACAUACGCCGCAACGAGCGUCCAUUUGGCGGCAUCCAGCUGAUACUCUGCGGCGACUUUCUCCAGCUGCCGCCCGUCGUCAAGGGCGAGACGGCCGUGCAGCGGUUUUGCUUUCAGUCCAGCGCCUGGGAGAGCUGCGUCCAGUGCGUCUACGAGCUGAAGCAGGUGCAUCGUCAAUCCGAUCCGGAGUUUGUUAAAAUACUCAACCAUUUGCGCAUUGGCCAUGUCAACGAGACCAUCGCGGCCAGGCUGGUGUCCACGUCAAAGCAGAAGAUCGAAGGCAAUGGCAUUUUGGCCACGCAGCUGUGCUCGCACACGAACGAUGCCAACUCCAUAAACGAUUCGAAGCUGGAGCAUUUGAGCGGCGACAAGGUGCUGUUCCGUGCCGAGGACUCGGAUGCCGGCAUGAGCAAGCAGCUCGACCAGCAAGUCCAGGCUCCCGCACAGCUCUAUCUGAAGAUCAAUGCACAGGUAAUGCUGCUCAAGAAUAUCAAUAUAGCCAACGGCCUGGUCAAUGGUGCACGCGGCGUUGUUGUGCGCAUCGAGAAGGGUCUGCCCGUGGUGCGCUUCAAGAACAACCAGGAGCACGUGUGCCGGCACGAGAAGUGGAUCAUUAAGACGGCCACGGGCGGCGUGCUGACACGCCGUCAGGUGCCGCUCAAGCUAGCCUGGGCCUUCUCCAUACACAAGAGUCAGGGCCUGACGCUCGACUGCGUCGAAAUGUCGCUCUCCAAGGUGUUCGAGGCUGGGCAGGCUUAUGUGGCGCUGUCGCGCGCCAAAUCGCUGCAAUCCGUGCGCAUUCUGGACUUCGAUGCCAAGCAGGUGUGGGCCAAUCCGCAGGUGCUGCAAUUCUACAAGAACUUCCGGCGCCGGCUCAUCGACACCAGCCUAAUACCGCUGGGGCCCAAGAACAAGGACAAAAAGCCGGCCGCCGCCGGCAGCACCAGCAGCGCCCUGGCCAAGCUCAAGAAGAGUCUCAUGAACAAGCCGCUCGUCUCGAUAAGCUAGUUAAAUGCGAUACCGCGACUGAUCUUUUAGCAACAAAUUCGUAGCUCGUAAGGACUGAAACAAGGCUUUACCAUUUUGAGGCUGCCGCCGAGCUGCCUCAAAGUCCAAAGUCCUUGACAAAUCUUAGCAACUAGACUUAAAUUUGACACAUCUGCAAUUAUUGCUGCCACAGUUUUUGGCGCCAGACCAAAUCUCUCUGUCUCAAAUCGUCUUAAUUUUAUUUACAACAAGUACGAUUCGGGAUGCCGAAGAUUAAUUAAUUCUAUAAGAACUGUUGAUGGUAAUCAGGAAUAUGCUCCUCGUCCUGAUUUCGUAUCAAUAUACAAUAUCUUCGACAAAUGUCUGGGACUAGACCGCAAAUAAACGCUAGCUUGUAACUUUUUUUUACAAUAUAA